GCGCCCCCACCAGCGUUUCCUGCUCUCUAGCUGAGUGGCCUUGUCAAAGCCUCAUCCACUACUUACAGCAUGGGUCUUCAGUUUGCAAAAUGUGAAGGUUAGUCCAGAGGAAUCCCAUGCCAUGCUUCUUUUUGGCUGCAUGGAUCCAAGGGAAAUAUGGAUAUGAGCAAGUAACAAGAACCCGUCAGCUGCAGUUUACUUUCAUCCUUAAGUGUGUUGCCCUUGACAGUUUUAAUAACUAUUUCUGUCUAAGUUACAAAGCUUUGUACUGUCUGUUUGGCUUUUAGUUAAAUUGGCUCCCUGAAAAAGGAAUAUAUGCUAACGCUCAUGCUCCAGUUGCUUUCAAGUAAAGCAGAUUAGCAAUAUCAUGCAUCAUGUCGGUUUCUGCUCAGUAAUCACAAAUGUUGACAUGUUUCUUCAAAAAUGUAUUCACUACAUCCGCUGUUUUCUGAAAGACUGAAAUAGUGGCUCUUUUUUUGGAAAUGGCAUUAAUGGCAUAUUGAUAACCACGUUUGGUUACAAUACACAUUGUGAGAUCCAUAUGCAGAAUAAAAGGCCCAUCUCUCUUUCCAAAUGGAUUGCUAUUAAAACUCUCAGAACUCUCAGCUCUGGCUCAGCUGAGCAGGCAAGUGGCCCAGCAGGAGCCAGUUCCUUUGCCUUGACUGUCUUUCACAGUAAUGAGGGCCUUUCGUAUUUGGAAGGGACAUCAAAGGUCAUCUAGUGGCAAGAAGAUCCCACAUCUGACAUCGCAUUUAUCAGAUUCUCCUGGGGAGCUUAAAAAUACAUCCGUCACUGUCCUUAUGCGGGCCCAGUAAAUCAGAAUACCUGGAAGAAGAACUUGAAAAACAUCAGCCAGAUCUGGGGAUUGCUGAUCUGGUCCAGCUGCCUUCAUGAUUUCAAAAGAAACAUUCAGUUGAUCUUGGUAAAUUCCAAAUGGCCAGCAUUUGAGACAUGAUGUAAGACUCAUCACAGACAGGAUAAAGAAGAGCCAGGGGAGAUCUGUUCUCCAACACCUUACAUCACUCUGCAGACAAUUGGCAGUCAGGAGAGAGGCAGCUGCCACACUCUUCAGAUAUCUCUCUAUUUAAAGUUCAAAGAGACGGUGCGUGACAACAACGAAGAGGUGAGCGUGGCCCUGACCAACCCACCCAGCAACAGGAGGAAUGGCUGAAAAAGCAGAAUCUACACUAUCACACCUUCUGGUCCCUAUUCUUCUCUUGAUUGGCUGGAUUGUGGGCUGCAUCAUAAUGGUUUAUGUUGUCUUCUCUUAGAAAGGCAAGAAGACUUCAGAUUGACUUCAUUUAGAAGAAUUAAGAAAAACAUGAACAUGACAGAUUAUUAAACAUUUCUCAUGUAAAUAA